AUGAAAGAUUCUGUUGACAAAUCCGAUCGAAGGGCUUUUGUACGGAUAUUGGUCUGGUAUUUCGACCCGGACCUUCCAUAUGCCAGACUCAAAGGGCGCUUGAAAAUGACAUGCAAAAUAUCUCCUACUCUCGCUUGGGCCGCUGAAUUUUACAUGGAAUUCUUGCACAUUAUUGUUAAUCAAUUCUAUUUCGUAAUUGCUCAUCAUCCUAUUGCAGUUGGUGAGAACGAGCCGGAUCUUACAGCUUCAUCACAUCAGCCUCGAUUCUUUUCCUGA